CAGCUCUAGCAAGUGGCUGGGGGCUUGAUGAAAGGCGAACACAUGCAGUCUGGCACCGGUAACCUAAGGGAAUGACACACUACCUCUAAUUCCUGAUGGGUUUUUCUCCUCCUACCCCUGACUGCUAAUAAAAGGAAUGUGAACAACCUCAAGAGGACUGUUUAAACUUGGAUGUUGCUAGGGAAAGGCAACUAGUUAUUGAGGGAAGACCAAGGAAAAUCUAAAAACCACAGGAUUUAUAACUAAAGUCAAUUUAUUUAAUAGCUUGACAUCGAAAAUGCUGCAUGUGGACUUGUUGGUUUUAAGUUUCUGCCUUGGUCUAGGGACAGGAUAUACGAAGAGUUCAGACACUACUGUUGGUAAGAGACAGUAUCAGAUCCAAAAUGGUCCAUGCAGCUACACCUUUCUGCUGCCCGAGCAGGACAGCUGCCAGAACCAGUACAAUGAUCAGGUUCAAAGGGAUGGUCCGAUAGACAGUGACGAGUCGGCACAAAGGCUGGAGCAACUGGAGAUCAUCAUGGAGAACAACACACAGUGGCUGCUUAAGCUUGAGAACUACAUACAGGACAGCAUUAAGCAGGACAUGGUCCAAAUCCAACAGUCUGCCGUACACAACCAUACAGCUACAAUGAUUGAAAUUGGAACAAAUCUACUGAGUCAAACUGCAGAGCAAACAAGGAAGUUGACCAACGUGGAGGCACAGGUAAUUACCCACACAACUCGACUUGAGCGAAAACUUCUUGAAAAUGCCAUAUCAACCAAUAAGUUGGAGAAACAAUUAAUAGUCCAAACUAACGAAAUAAACAAGCUGAGUGACAAAAACAGUUUCCUGGAGAAGAAGGUGGAGGAAAUGGAGGAGCAGCGACAGGUGGAGCUUAAGACGCUUCGGGAAGAAAAGGAGCAGCUUCAGGUUCUGAUCCUGAGGCAGACAGCCAUCAUAGGGGAACUGGAGCAGCAGCUGCUCAAAGUCUCUUCCAACAACACUGUCCUGCAGCAUCAACAACAGCAGCUUCUGGACACUGUCAACAACCUCAUUCACACCAUCUCUACGGGCACAGCUCGAGUGACCAAAACUGCCAUGAUGCAGGACACUCCGACGACAUACACAGACUGUGCAGCUGUCUUCAAGUCUGGAAACACCCAGAGUGGGGUCUACACUCUCACAUCACCAAACACUACACUAGAGGUUAAGGCUUUCUGUGACAUGGAGACAGAAGGAGGUGGCUGGACAGUGCUACAAAAACGCUUUGAUGGCAAUGUUGACUUUCACCGUACGUGGCAGGAGUACAAAAAGGGUUUUGGUGAACCUUCAGGUGAAUUCUGGUUAGGAAAUGAGUUUGUUUCCAGACUAACAAAUCAACAGUCCUACAAAUUAAGGAUUCAGCUGAGUGACUGGGAAGGAAACUCUGGAUUCUCACAAUACGACCAAUUUUCCCUUGACAGUGAAGCACAAAAUUAUAGGAUACACCUUAAAGGCUACAGUGGAACAGCAGGCAAAGUAAGCAGCAUUGGGCAGCCAGGAAGCGAUUUCAGUACAAAGGAUGCAGACAACGACAAAUGUGUUUGCAAAUGUUCCCAACUUACAACAGGGGGUUGGUGGUUUGAUGCCUGUGGUCCAUCCAAUCUGAAUGGAAUGUAUUAUCAACAAGGCCAAAACUCAAAUCGCUUCAAUGGAAUCAAAUGGUACUACUGGAAGGGCUCAGGCUACUCACUGAAGUCCACUACAAUGAUGAUAAGACCGGCUGAUUUCUCAGGUUCCCUCUGAUUUAAAUAAGAUGGAAAAUGUACCUGAAAAACUGAGGCGAACACCAAAACCAAGUAUAGAGCUUCUCAAGGGAUUCAACGCACUUGGUGAACAUAUUUCUAUAAACACAUUCGCAAGGAAAGACUCUGGACCUAUUUGAUGUUUGGAACCAAAUGGUUUGCUGCAUAAAAUUGGGAACACAGACUCUUCAACUAACACUAUCAGAUAUUUUUCAUGACUGUGGUAUUAACAGACAUUUAUAUGUAUAGUAAUUAUACUGAGAGAUUACUAGCUAUCAGGUAAGAGAGACGUAAAGAGGCAAAUCAUAAAUAAUUAGUGAUUUUUUUCCCUAUUUUUGAUAUAAUCUUCACAUCAGUUCAACUCUACCUAAAAUAAUAGACAAAAGACUAUGGUACAAGGAUAGCUGGUAUAAAAGUGGCUCAUCAUUAGUUUAUUUUAUUUGUUCUAGAUAUGUGUCUAUUGAAUGUCUAAAUGGCAAAUGUAAAUGUAACGCCACAGAAAGUGUUUCUCUUAUGACAAUUUUUUUUCCCUCUCAGAUAAUGUAUGUACAUUUGUUUUGUUUUAUUUAUACAUAAGUUUACAGGAUGUUAGUUAAGAUUAGAAUGUCUAUUUUAGAGAUUUUAUGCAUUCUGACAGUUCGACCUGAAUGCUAGUUCCUACCAUGGGAACCUUUACAUUGCACAUAAACUAGGAAAAAUUAUCUUCAGAUUUUUUUUUUUUUAUUUAUAUUAUAUAUUUUUCUGAAACUAAAACAAUUUUAUGGGAAAGUUUUAAUGCUAAGAACAGGGAAUUACAACCUGACUACAAAGCUCCAUCAGCUGUUAUAUACCACUUACUGAAGUGAACAGUUUGAUGAGGGCAUACUGGAGUUUCUUGGAUCUAGAACAAAAUAAAUAAAUUCUAAAGGCUCUAUCUCAUGUUUGUGUUGCUUUUUAAAUAUUGCUAAUUAAGUAAUUUAAUUUUCAGACAGCAUUCAUAUAGCAACAUUUCUACUACUUCAUGAACUAAUAAGUGUCUUGCAGCUGGAAUUAUAUCAUUUAUAUUAUCAUAAUAAAGGCUAUCUCUGCGUAAACUGGAUGCUGCAUUAACUCAAACCUCACAUUUCAAGCUAAAACACUGCCCAACUUAGUUUUUUUCAUAGGAAUACUUUUAAUCUGUUAGAGCAUUCGCGGCACAGGGUUAAAAAUACAACAUCUAUGCUAGAUUGUAUGAUUUAUGUUUAAUGCUAUGCUUGUAGAUUUACAUUUUUAGUUGAGAAUCACUGUUUCUAUGAAUCACAAUUUCAAAAAUGGUAAAAUGUUCCUGAUAUACAACAAAUGUAAAGAUCUAUGGCCACAUUAUCAGAUAUUAGAUAAUGUUGUAGUAUAAGUUUAUAUCUUUAAAACUGACAACUCCUGAGGGCUAAACCUUAAUUUUAAGGGUAGAGAAACUGAUGAGAAAAGGCAGACUGUGGUUUUCCAAACGCUGGCUACGUCCAUAAGAGCAGAGGAAUGUGAAAAGGCCACGGGGACUUAAAAUAUUUCCUCUCUCACAACAAACCGCAUCAUAUCAAGAGGAAAUGUGAUGACAUUGGUCUGCAUCAGGACCUCAAGUCUUCCCUCAUGCUGGCAGAUGAGGAGAGUGAUUCAUGAAUGACGAGUUCAGGAAGAGGCAACAUCCACAUUUCACACAGGAUGCUUAACAAAAAACAAGAACUCUGAAAAUGGAUGACCGACAAUAAAAAUGAGGUUUCCGACAGACUUCCUCUGCUCAGGUUCCACUUGCCUUUAUUAGUUGUAAGUGUCAAAGUGGUGUGUAGCAAAUACAAAUUCAAUAAACAUUUAAACCACAAAUUAGAUGCUAAAAAACAGAUGCAGUUCAAUACAUUUUCUUUCGAUUAACAAACUAAUUGUCUCUUAUUCUCUCUACUAUUAGUACUUGUUUUAGAGCUGGUACUGACCUGUGCUGCAGGGAAAUGAUCUGAAAGCUCAUAGGGUUCCUCUGGAAUCCACUGCCUUUUCUCCAAACACCAGAGAAUCUAGUCAGAUAAA